UUGUGAUUACAAAGAUAAAGGUUGCAAAGAGGUUGUCAAAUUGGAAUAUUUGACCCAGCACACAGUCGGUUGCAAAUAUAAUGUUAAGAAAUGCUCCAAGUGUACUUGUACUGAAAAGCCUGGUCAAAUAUCUCAGGCAUGUCACCAGCGAGAGCUCAAAAUACUACCCAAAAUUCAGAGGUCGAUGAUGCUGCAAUAUUGAACUCAGCUCGCACAAAUAUUUUGGAUCAUGAAAUUAUUCGAUGCGAUGAC